CCAAAGAUCGAACAAAUACACAAUUUUCCCUACACCUGUCGAAAUUUACAACGACAUCAUGGAUGCAGAUAACCAGCACAUUAUUCAUCGUAACCGGAAUCAUUCUUCCCGACCUACAACCCCUUUGCGACCGCCAUCUCGCUCCUCUGUCCGAGAAGCACAAUCUCAUCGCGAUGGCAGGGCACCUGCAAGGCAACAUCAGCCGCCUCUUGCAAACCUAGAAAUGGCGUUCGCUGAAUUAUCCGAAUACAUGGUUGAUCUUGAGGCCAAUUUCAUGCACCUCCACAUAAUGCACGAGAGCAUUGCGCGCUUUAGUGAGAGUUUUGCUAGCUUCCUUUACGGUCUCAAUAUGAAUGCCUUUUGUGUCGAUUUCCCAGAGGCACCUGUUCUGGACUCAUUUGAGCGGGCCAGUCAUACUUCUGAAUUGACCAGUAAUACGGAGGCUAGUCGUGCAGGACUUGAUGGAGAUACGAGUUUCUUGACUACCGAUACGUCCUUCAUCACUGAUCCCAAACCCCCCUUGAAAGUUCCACCGCAUCAGGCGGGAUCGAAACUACCCACGAACUCCCAUCCUCUCAAGUAUAAAGGCUCCGUACAUCGAGAUACGGUUGGGAGGGGUAGAAGCCGCGAAACACAUAGAAGUGGAUUGGCCAGACCAAAGACAACAGGUGCCAAAUAUCGAACUGCACCGUAGAUUUACGAUUAAUGAGUGCAUCACAAACCAAUUGACCUAGAUGCAGAAUCUUUCUGUUAACGGACGUUGCCGAGGAUCAUCUUAUGUCUGUUUACUUAAGAAUUACGGCUAAUUACGCAAAUGGGCCGCGUUUUUGCAAUCCUUUCAAAAAUGGGUUUCGAGACCGUGCAAUUACUUGCAUGGACUACAUAAUUACUCGGAUGGGCUCGGUUAAACUAGAUAGAGCAAGUUAGACUCCAUUCUUUUAACAAUAUACUAGUAAAUUCAGG